GUUUUUAGUGGCUCUCACCCCUUCUCUGAGUUGAUCCAAUUGGAAGGACCAGAUAUGGAGGAAAAGAAAUCAUGGAGGAAGAAAGAAAUGAAAGAGCUGUGCUCUCGGUAAUGGCCAUUAUAAGGCUCUUCGCUUCUCGCAGAGACUCUUUCUUUCAGCUAGCACUCUUUGCUCCCUGCUAGUUUCAAGUUUUUUUUGGCGGAAACCCAGGUGGGUUUUCUGAGUUCACUCCUUCACUUGAUUUUGCUUUCUUCUCUGUUUCUGUCUAGCGAUGGGUUGCUUCUCUGAUAUCUGUAAAGUUUGUGUUCUUAGAUUGGACUCCAGCUUGGCUUUUGUUUCGGGUUUUUGUCGGUUCGUUUCAGUGUUCUUUGAGCUGCCUGUUCGAUUCUCUGUGUUGAAUCUGUUGGCUGAAAAACAUUGAUCGGCCGCUAAUCUGAUGGACCCUUCUUGCAGAUAAAGUCAUAUGUCGUUCUUGUUAGAAUUUCCCCCCUCCAUUAUAGAGCUUUCAUACCUGCUUGGUUUGUGUUUGAGUUUGCUCUAGUCUUCCAAUCCUGUUGGUGGUUGAUCUUUGAUUCUGCUUCAUCAUCUCUUUUCAUUUGCUCUUGGUCUUCUGUGCUUAUACAACUGGUGUUUGACUUUGAAAUAUUUGAUCAAUGUUUACCAUUACCCUCCUAGUUCUGGUAUAUAGUGCCUUGAUUCUCAGAUGCAGGAUUGAAAGAUAUUAGAGUGAUUGGGGAAUGGAGAUUUUCUUUUUCUUGUGGAGAGUGUGUAUUCAGGAGGAGAGAUUAGAGAAUCUUUGGUUUUGGCUUACUGUCUUGUGGAAUUACUUGGGCUAUCCUGAUCAGUCAAGUGAUUGUUUAUUUGCUCAAUGAAAUCAUCUGUGAACUCUCUUCUGUGAGAGGAUACGCAUCUACUUCCAUGGAAGGCUAAGACAGCUUUGUAAUGAUAUUUUGCUCUUCCUUUCAUCCUUCAACGUUUAAUUGCUAAAUUAUUCAGGCUACAUUUUAGGGGCUUGAUAUCGCUUUUGAUGAUUGGAACUUCAUAUUUAUGCAUGAUUUGCAUUUAACUACUGCAGUGGGGAAUUGGCUGGUGUUGUGUUUGGAUGGCAUAGAGGAGCUCUUACCAAUACUCAUUAUGAGAAGCAAAUCGCCAUAAAAACGGGUAUGCAUAUACAGUACUAAUGGCUGCUUCUGAUUCAGGGUCACAUUUCCAAUCUCAUGUUCCGGGCCUCAAACCAAGCAGCUCAUUCUUCAACCUCCCCAGUUUCUUUAUAGGGUUUAGUUCGAAAAGUUCAUCAGAGUCUGACUCUGCUAGAAGCCCUACAUCUCCUCUUGAUUUCAGUUUCUUCUCCAAUCUUAGCAACCCGUUUAGCCUUAAGUCCCCAAAGACAUCAAAGGUUGAACACAAAACACAAUGGAAUGGCCGCAAAGUAGGCCUUGGCCUCGUCAAGUUGCUCUUAGACGAGACCCAACAAAGUGAGGAAGUUCUUAAAUCCCCCAAGAGGAAGAAUGUAAUCUUUGGAUCACAGAUCAAACUUGGUCAUGAUUCCUUGAGAUCCAAUUCUUUGCCUAAAAACUAUGUCAUCUCACUACCAUCUCAAACUGGAGAAGAGGAAGUGGUCCCAUUAGAGUCUAUGGAAUUUGAAGAGUCUUCUUCUCUGAGUAGCUUGACAAGAAUACCAAGUUUUGGUCUGAAAAAAGCAUGUCUGUCAGCAAAUAGGUCCAGUUCUAUACCAAGUUUGCCCGUGGUUGUGAGUAAAAGUUUGAAGAAGCACCAUUCCUUGAACAUCAAGCCGACUUCUGUACCAAUACCGAUCAGUUCGCAUGAGAUCGAGCUUUCUGAAGACUAUACUUGUAUAAUUUCCCAUGGUCCAUGCCCUAAAACAACUCAUAUUUUUGGUGACUGCAUUUUACCAUGUCAUGCUAGUAGUGAGUUGACCAAUUUUGACCAGAGUAAGGCUACUAUUGGGUUUGAAAUGCUUCCUCAAGAGGCUAAGUGCCCUGAGGAAGGUUUACCCUCUGAAGAGUUUUUGAGUUGCUGUUACUCUUGCAAGAAAAAGCUGGACAAUGGAGAUCACACCUAUAUGUACAGAGGCGAGAAAGCAUUUUGCAGUUGUGAUUGCCGCUCGGAGGAAAUUCUUGGUGAGGAUGAUAGCGACAGACUUGAUGAUAACUCCUCACAGAACUACUCUCCUAAGUCGAGCUUCCAUGGAGACAUUUUCUAGAGAGGAUACAUAAAAAAUCAUCUAUUAUGUGUAUUUAAGAACAGAAUUCUGUUUUCCAGCAAUGGGGGAUCAGUAUGCAUCUCAAUCUUAUCCUCGCGAGUUUUGUAGCAGACAAUGUGAGUUUUGCAGCAACAUGCUGAUGUGUUGAGAACUUUCAGCAGAUAGAUGGGUUAGAGAAGUGGCUAUGAAGCCCUCUCUCAUCACUCUGCAUUAUUUUUGGCACUAUAAUUUGAUGAGCUCUAUAGUUGCCUUUCUGAAAUGCAUCCUCAAUGGAUUUAAGUGGGAUUUUUGUACGGAGAACACCUGUUUUUGCAGUAGCUUUGAGAACAAUGAAUAAUGAGAUAUGAAUGUAGCAUUGAUUUUCAGUUGUGUUGGCCAUGGAAAUGAG